AGGUUUGGAACAUUUGUUAUCUUCGUUUCUCUGGAGAAUAACAAUUUUAUAGUUGUUAGUGCACUGAUUUAGUGAGUAUAUAAAAUUUUAUUAAUUUAAUAGAUAAAAAAAUUAGAACGAUAUCCACGUACCAGAUAAGAAAGUUUAACAUAUAUUAAUAUAAAUGUAUAAUGUAGUUAGAAAUUUUAAAACAACACGAAAGAUGAUUCUUAUUUUCUGACCAAACUCUGCGUCCAUCCAAAUCUACACAAACCAUUAUUCUAUAUAUCAAUAUAUGUAAUUUGCAAAGAAAUCAGGAGAAAACAAAUAAAUAGCAAUGGUCACGUACAUGUUUAUUCACCUUUGUUUUUUAUCUAAUGUUGCAACUGCUCAAUGAAAAUUUGAAAAGUAUCAAAUAGUAUUAUUUUAGUUUUUUUUUCUAACAAAUAGUAUUAUUUUAGUUAUAGGAUGACAUCUAAUUACCUAUUCUUGAAUCUGGUCCAAGCUAACUGACCUAAUUAUGACAUCAUGUAAUAGAUUAGCAGAUAAUAAAUUGAACAGCCCAUAUGCUUUUAAUCACUGUUUCCCUAACCUCAUAAUAUUUUUUUCAUAUUAAUGUUGUAAAUAUAUUGCAAAGAACAAUGGGAGCAAAAAAAUUGCAGUUUACAUAUUUAAAAAUCUUAUUAGAUGACUGUUUACUUUUAUAACUUUUACUUUCAUGUAUACAUACCCACAAAUAACAAAGAAAGGUAAAUAGCAAGAUAUAGAAGCUUUGUUCUACAAAAAAAUGAAUAUUGAAGAUAAGUUGAAUACCAUCGUGAUCGAAACCAGGAAAUCUACAAUCAAACUAAAUUUGACUAUCACCAAAAUGUAUAAUUUAAUAGAAACCAAACCUUAGAUACAUGUAUAUAAUAUAUAGAGUAGACAAUAGUGGAUGGUGGUGGUGGAACCACUUAAUACGAUUUCACCUUCCCUAUAUAUCUCCCACAGAAAAACAAAAUACAAUGAUUAAAAAAUCGUGUCAAACCAAAUGUCUUUUUUUUUUCAAGUGUCAAACCAAAUGUCCUAACUCGAGUAUCUAUUCUCAUCGGAAUCACUUCUUACGUUUUCUCUCACUAAAUUCAUACCUAAAGAGUUUUGUAAUUUUUGUUUGGCCAGAAGAAGAUGGAGUCUGGUAAUAGUAGUAGCAUGCAAUCUUCAAGCGGAGGAGGAGGAGGAGGAGAAGAAUACGAUUCUCGCGCCGGUGAUCAAUCCAUCUCAGCCUUCUUCGACCACCACAACCACCACGUGGUAUCUUUACCUCGGCCACAACAAAACCACAUCAACCCCCUUCACUUCGACCACAACAACUCUCUAUUACAACAAAAUUACUUCAAUAGUAACAGCAACGGUACCUUCUUGCCCGUAAACCAACAAUCCGACCCGGUUACUCAACCUGAACUCCGAACCUUCACCACCACGUCAUCAGUUCCUCCUAACAACGUAGGAGUAACCAAGAAAACCAAGAAAAGAUCUCGAGCAUCAAGGCGAGCACCAACGACGGUUCUAAAGACGGAUACUUCGAAUUUCCGAGCGAUGGUUCAAGAGUUCACAGGGAUCCCAUCUCCGCCGCUAUUCAACAACAACUCCGUCGUGAACACCACGCGCCUCAAGACAUUCCUCGGCUUGUCUUCUUCAUCGCCAAACUCUUACUACAACAGCAGCAACAACAACAUCUUGUUACAACCUUUCGCUCAAAAACUCCUCCCAACGUCUCCUCUCCUCUCCGGAUCACAGAUUCAGCAAUAUCAAAACCCUAACAACAGCUUUGAGGAUAUGAAUCUACAGUCUCUUCUUCAAACUCAGAUUUCAAACCCUAGAAGCAAUAUUCAGUUUGGUCUUGGUAUGUUGCAGAGUCAAUCUAUUACUCCUCAGACGACGACCACAGUGGCUAACGGGAACAAAACCACUGGUGAAAAUGGUGGUUACGGUGUUUCUGAUCAUGAUCAUAAUAAUGACAAUACUUGGUUAUGUUCAUCUUCCGACCAAAGAACAUAGAAGUGUUUAUAACUUUAUAUAUACACAUUGUCCGAAUUCCGGAAUAUCCAAGCUAAUCUCUUGGCAUAUGCUUAUUCAUUUCAACAAAUUAAAGAUAGCAUGUGUAGGAUAAUUAAGUUACUAGUUUAUGAUUCUAUAUAUGUUCGUAUGAUUAAACACUUUUUGAAUAAUUAUUUUUAAUUUUAGGGUUCUUUCAAAAUUAGUUAAUCCAUGCUUCUUAUUUUGUUUUAUCUUAGUUUUCCAUAGUACCUCUUGGUAAGUAUUUGUUUGUAGUUGGAUUACA